GCGCGCCGCGUGCAGGCGCAGUCCGCGCACUUUGGCCGUGGCGCUGGGCAGUAGCUGCUGCGAGCCCGAGCCGCGGAGGGGUUCGCCGCGGGCGAAGGGGAGUCGGCAGCCGCAGCAGCGAACAUGGUGGCAGCGGCGCUGUGGCGGAGCUGCGCGAAGCUAAGAAGAAACAUGCCAAUCUACUUGGCUUCUUGGAAGGCUCCUCCUAGUGUCUUUAAAUCAUCCAAAUCAGAAGCUAUGGUAAACCCAGCCAAUGAGGGGGUAGUGUGUGCUCCCCUUGACACACUUACAGAAGAAGAAAUAAUGAUGAAAGAAAUGGUGAAAAAAUUUGCUCAAGACCGAAUUGCACCUUUGGUAAAAACAAUGGAUGCAAAUGCGGAAAUGGAUGAAUCUGUACUGCAAGGACUAUUUGAACAAGGGCUAAUGAGUAUUGAGCUUGGACCAGAGUAUGGAGGAACUGGAUCUUCAUUUUUUUCUACCAUACUGGUGGUAGAGGAAUUAGCCAAGGUUGACCCAGCUGUAGCUCUUCUGUGUGAACUCCAGAACACAAUUACUAAUAAAUUGUUUAUUACAUAUGGAACAGAAGAACAAAAGAGAACUUAUUUGCCCAGACUGGCUAAAGAUUUGACAGGCAGUUUCUGCCUUUCAGAGGUUGGAUCUGGCAGUGAUGCAUUUUCUUUGAAGACUCGUGCUGAUAAGAAGGGAGACUACUAUGUUAUCAAUGGCUCAAAGAUGUGGAUAAGCUUUGCAGAACAGGCAGGAGUGUUUUUCGUGAUGGCAAAUGCAAAUCCUUCUUUGGGAUACAAGGGAAUAACAUGCUUCAUAGUAGAUCGUGGCACAGAGGGCCUACAUGUAGGGAAAAAGGAAGAUAAACUGGGAAUCAGAGCAACUUCUACGUGCCCAGUAACUUUCGAAAAUGUUAAGGUUCCUAAGACCAAUAUCCUGGGACUGCUUGGAGAAGGCUAUAAGUAUGCAAUUGGAACGCUAAAUGUGGGCAGAAUAGGAAUUGCUGCACAGAUGUUGGGAUUGGCACAGGGAUGUUUUGACCACACUAUUCCAUAUGUAAAGGAGAGAGUCCAGUUUGGGAAAAGCAUAUUUGAUUUUCAGGGAAUGCAACAUCAGAUAGCUGAAGUGGCCACCCAGCUGGAAGCUGCAAGGUUGCUGACCUAUAAUGCAGCCCGACUCGUAGAAGCAGGAAGGCCAUUCAGAAAAGAGGCAAGCAUGGCCAAGUAUUAUGCUGCAGAGGUUGCAGCACUGACAACUAGUAAAUGUAUUGAAUGGAUGGGUGGAGUUGGAUUCACAAAAGAUUAUCCAAUUGAAAAAUACUACAGAGACUGCAAAAUUGGUACAAUAUAUGAAGGAACUUCAAAUAUCCAGCUGAGUACAAUUGCAAAAUGCAUAGGUCAAGAAUACUGAAAACCGCAAGGACGUCGUGACUGUUCACACUGAAAUUUAGAAUCAGCACGCCUCAUUGGUGAAAUCAAGGGUUACAUAUUUAUUCCAAAUUGUGUGUUAGUUUAAAAAAAAAAAAC